UUAGUGACGUCACCGGUGAAAUUUACGCCAGCAUUUUGGCAUAAUAAAUGUUGACAUUUUUGUAUUUUAUUCUUUAAAAAUGAGCGAUUUCUUCAAAUCGGCUUUUGGCCUAAUAAGUGGAUCAGCAGCUGGUAGAGAAGACAGUGAUUUCGUUGGACAGGUGGUUGAACUUGGAAGCCAAAAACUACGUGUUAAGAGAAAAAUAGCAGAAGGUGGUUUUGCCAUUGUGUUUAUUGCUCAAGAUAAUGCUAGUGGAAAAGAAUAUGCAUUGAAAAGAUUAUUGGCAAAUGACGAAGAGAAAACACAGGCAGUUGUUCAAGAAAUAAAGUUUUUGAAAAAGCUGACCGGCCAUCCCAACAUUGUCCAGUUCAUUUCUGCCGCCUCCAUAGGGAAGGAACAGUCCGGGCAUGGACAGGCAGAGUACCUGCUACUCAUGGAGCUUUGUACAGGUGGUCAAGUAGUGGACAUUGUCAACACGAGAGACGGGCCUCUACCACUAGAUGUGGUAUUGAAGAUAUUUUACCAGACCUGCAAGGCAGUACAGCACAUGCACAGACAGUCGCCUCCUAUCAUCCACAGAGACUUGAAGGUAGAGAACCUGCUUAUAAGCUCCCAGGGUACAGUGAAGCUGUGUGACUUUGGCAGCGCCACGACAGAGGCUCACUUCCCCGACUCCUCCUGGACUGCCAUGAGACGGAGCCUCGUUGAGGAUGAGAUUACCAAAAAUACAACUCCAAUGUACAGAACGCCAGAGAUGUUGGACUUGUACCAGAAUUUUCCCAUCAACCAAGCACUGGAUAUAUGGGCUCUAGGCUGCGUGCUAUACAUGCUGUGUUUUGGGGUCCAUCCUUAUGAAGACUCUGCCAAACUGCGUAUUCUCAAUGCCAACUAUCAGAUCCCGGAGGAUGAUAAAGAUUACACUGUGUUCCAUGAUUUGAUAAUGGGCAUGUUCAAAGUAAACCCAGUAGAGCGUCCCAACAUCAAUGACAUCAUUGAGCGAUUGGAAGAGAUAGCAGAGGUGAAGAAAGUGCAGUUGACUGGCCCCCUUCCACCAUCUCUACUGUCAGAUGCACAGAUGACACAAUCUGUUUUCCCAUCUGUGUCUGCUGCUGCUCCAGGGGCUGCUGGGAACCAGUCCCAGGACGGUAUUGCUGGUUCCUGGCUCAGCUCAAUGAAGGCAGGAGCCGGUAGUCUCAUGAAGAAUGUGAAAGACGCCUCGGCCAAAGUUGUGGAAACAGUCAGCGCAACCAUGAACAAGGGAGAACUGGAUAUCAGUUAUAUUACAUCUAGAGUUGCUGUGAUGUCAUUUCCUGCCGAAGGGGUGGAGUCGGCCAUCAAGAACCACAUCGACGACGUGCGCAACUUCCUGGAGUCCAGGCACCGAGGCUUCUAUGCUGUGUACAACCUCUCCCAGAGACAGUAUCGCAAUGCUAAGUUUGAAAAUAGGGUGUCUGAGUGUGGUUGGCCCGUAAGGAAAGCUCCUGGACUUGCAAACCUGUUUGCCAUCUGCAAAAACAUGCACCUUUGGCUGCGACAAAACCCCAAGAACAUCUGUGUAGUCCACUGUCUGGAUGGCAAGUCCUCGUCUGCUACUGUGACUGGUGCCUUCCUGGUGUUCUGUCGACUCUUUGACGGUCCCCAGCAGGCGGUGAAGAUGUUCAGCAACAAGCGAUGUCAACCUGAGAUGAUGCCAUCACAACGCAGGUACAUAGAGUACAUGAGUGAGCUGGUGGCAGAGGAGCCAUUCGUGCCGCACACAAGACCCGUAAUUCUCAACUCCAUCAUCAUGACCCCUGUGCCCCUCUUCAAUAAGAUGAAGAAUGGCUGCACUCCCUUUGUAGAGGUGUACAUUGGCGAGGAUCGUAUUCUGACAACGUCCCAGGAGUACGACAAGAUGCAGGGGUACUCUGAAGUCGAGGUCAAGAUCACGUUGCCUUUGAAUGUGUCAGCAACGGGCGACAUCACAGUCAUCGUGUACCAUGCUCGGUCAACGUUUGGGGGGAAAAUACAGGGAAAGAUAACCUCUAUGAAGAUGUUCCAGUUCCAAAUUAAUUCUGGCUUCGUAAAGCCUGACAAGAAAAAUAUACGAUUUACCCAGUAUGACCUUGAUCAGCUGGACACGCCCGACCAUUACCCGGACAAUUUCACAGUUACACUCAACACUACGGUGUCACCAAAGGAUCGGCCGCCAGAGACUAGGUUUCCAUGGGAGACGUUUGAGAUACAGAAACUGUCUCCGCGAAUUCUGUUCUCAAAUAAAGAGGAAUUACAAGAGACCAUGGCAGAUUUUGGCAUAUCAGACAGAGGUAGGGCUCGUUUAAAUCGAUCUUCUAGUCAGAGCUCAAAUGACAGCCCUCAACAUCAGCCAACAAAACCACAACAGAAGCAGACAGAAAACCAGCCUGUGAAAGUGGAUAACCAGUCCAAACCAAAAGCAGAAGUUCCGACUGGGAAUUUCUUUGACACUCUAGACUGGUCAGGGCAGUCGACUGUGACACAAGCAAGUACAGAUGUGACACCACAAGAUACAAAAGCUCCCACGACGGAAGACGCUUUCAGUCUCCUUGACAACGCCAGCGAUGACGAUGACAAUUUUGCAUCAUUUGGGCAUCAGAGGGUGGUUGGCCAACCACAAAAACCGCCAGUAGUGGACUUUUUUAAUGAUAAUUCAAGUGAACAAAUAGAGAAUGGUUUUACCACAAAAAAGGAAAAUCAUUUAGAUAAUGUGGAUUUCUUCAACAUGAAUAAUAGUGAUAGCUUAGCGAAUAAUAUUGACCUUAUGCAUAUAGAGAAGAAUCCAUCAAAUGUAGAUUUAUUAGUUGGUGGAGCUGAUGUUCAAGACGAUGACUUUUUUGGCAUCAGCUCGUCUAAGAAAGCAAGUGACAAUUCAUUUGAUCCAUUCCAAGCUUUUAACACCCCACAGCCAAAAGAUGUUCCGCAGGUCAAUGUUUCUGAUCCCAAAAGGGAGUUCAAUGCAUUUGACCCAUUUUCAGACUCAUCUAGUGCCAAAAAUGACAUGAAUUCAGGACCCGGUGGUAUUGAUGGAGAUUUGAUAGGUGAUUGGAAUACGGUGAUAUCAUCAAAUUCUAGUCCAAACUUGUCACGGAACAGUUCAUCGUCAAAUCUUCAAGGUGGUCAAGGAUCCAAUUCCAAUCUAUUCGCGGGCAGUGGCAAUAUUCCUCAGAGCGCUUCCUUUCAGGGCGGCGCAAUGGCUGGAAACAUCCCUAGAAACAACAGUGGCACAUUCCAGGGAAUGCAGAUGGGUGGCAAUAUCCCUAUGAGUGGAUCAUUCCCAAUGAUGGGGGGAAUGGGUCAGACACUUGGGGGAAAACCAGCUGGGCCUGCUAAACCCGCAGAUCCGUUUGCAGGCUUAGGAGGGUUUGGUAAGCCUGCACCCAUGCCCUUAAAUCAACAACAAACCAGCAAGCCCAGCUCACAGCCAGUCAAGCCUCCCAUGGGCUCUGGAUAUAAAGGUGGAUUGUACCAAGCCUGGCAACAACCGCAGUCCCCACAGCAACAACAACAGCAACCUGCCGCUAACGGUGACCCUAAUCAGCCCCGCAGUGGUACCCCAACUCACUCUGGUCCAAAGACAGGGCCUUCCAAACCUAACUACAGCCAAGGGAGUGUGUUUGCCGGGCGAAACGACUCCAGCCAGAAACCCUUUGGUCCCAAACCUCCGACCAGUGCUGGUUUUGAGGACUUGCUGCCUGAAGGUAGCAGCUUCACCAAGAAAGACGAUGGACCGAAAACUAUAGGAGAGAUGAAGAAGAAAGUCAUGGCUGAGGAAAUGGAUCCAAUCAAGCUUAAAGUCAUGGAGUGGACGAAGGGUAAGGAGCGGAACAUUCGUGCUCUGCUCUGCUCUCUACACACGGUGUUAUGGGAGGACGAGAAACGAUGGAAGCCAUGUGGCAUGCAUGACUUGGUUACCCCUGAUCAGGUGAAGAAGGUCUACAGGAAGGCUGUGCUCUCUGUGCAUCCAGAUAAGCUGACAGAGUCGCCACAUCUAGCCCUCGCCAGGGGGAUAUUCAUAGAACUCAACGAUGCCUGGGCACAGUUUGAAGAGGAAGGCAUGAAGUCGCUGUACUAAGGAUAAAGAACGUAUCAUAUCCCAGCCAAGGCAUUAACAGAAACAAUUCAGCCUUGCUCUAGGAAAACACAGCUUGAUGCAUGUGCAUGAGGUGUUGUCCCAGAUUAGCUUGUGCUGACUGCCAAUGCAUUAUGCCCUGUUUUCCAAGACCGAGGCUCAAAUUAAAUUUAACACUUUUAUUACAAAGAAAUCAACAAGUAUGCUCUGUACAGGUUUUUUUUUUCAAAAAAUUAUUCUCAUUUGCUGAGAUUGCCAAUAUGAGCGGGCUGGCAACAUUGUGUUGCUCUCUAGCAAUUAUGUACAACAUUGUGUCGCUCUCUAGCAAUUAUAUACAACAUUGUGUUGCUCUCUAGCAAUUAUAUAAGAGUUUGGCUGAAAAGGUAAUUCGGAUGACUUGUUUGUGUGUAACCUUUGUACAUGACUAUGUGUUUCACACAGUUUUCUGACACAGGGUUCACAAUGACCUCGAUUGUACAAUGAACAAUCUGGAUUUUUUUGUGUAAAAUAUAUUGCAAGCAAUGGUAUGCGUUAAGUUCAACCCAUUCAGCAAAAAUGAUCCAUCGAGUUAAAAAAUAUUGAAUUCUUUAGUAAAUCCUGUCUGAAAACAUGACCAUUGUUUAAGUAUUUACACUCUGCAUAUUAUGUAAUGCUUUACAUUAUUAAAUAGUGCUGACUUUAUAUUGUAUGCUGUAAUUAUUUGUUUAAGAUACAGAAAGAAGGUCAGAGUCUAGAAGAAUAUAUUGAUCUAAGGCCCCUCCCCCCUCCACAUUUUAAAUAUACUAUGUAUGUGUGUAUUAUUCUUUAAUGUUGAAUUUAAAAGUUUUAGUUUACGUGUUAAGGGUAGUAAUGACAGAGACAAAGGUUAAUUCAGAAAUUAGAAAUGGAAAAAAACGAUCAUUCUUUGCUGUAAUAUUGUUAGCAAACAUGUAACGUAUUUGUCAUUGUCAUUACAAAUAUAUAGGAACUGAAACGAGUUGUCAUUUCAUAACACAUUUUAUUAAAGGAGUCCAGACAUUGUGUUAGUAAUUGAGCCUUUGACAAGCUUACCGCAAAGUUUCUUGUAAAGAGUUUUUCUAAAACAUGGUAUGACAAAUAGUUUCGGAUUUAUUUUAUAUCGUGCCUAUAAAUUAGCAAAGAAAAUUAAUAUUAACAUCAACGUCAUGAUAAAACCAGAAAGUUGAUUACAUUAUGUAAGGUUAAUUGACUUUAAAACUUCAUUUCAGCAAAACAAUGUCAACCAAUUAGUCAGUCAAACAAAAAGUAGCAUGAAAAUGCUCAAAAAGCUAUAUAGCACAUGUUUGAGAUAAACAUAUUUGACAUAUUUAUAUUAUGGAUUAGGAUUAAAUAAUUAUAUUACAUAUACUAUAACUUUUAGCAUGUGAUAAAAAUGUGUUUGAAGAACUUGAAUAUGAGUGAUGCUCUGUGAAAAGGGGGUUUAAUUGAAAGUGUUGCUUAGAUUAGCCCAUCCAGUCUGUAUCUGGAUUGUCAUCUACAAGAGUCUUCCUUUAACUCUUUCAGUGCGGGAACCGAAUUUUGAAAGCCUUUGCAAACAGUUUGGAUCCAGAUGAGACGCCACAGAACGUGGCGUCUCAUCAGGAUCCAAACUGUUUGCUAUUCUGAUAGUAUUCUUUGAAAAAAAUUCGAAGAAAAUGCUAAUUUUAGUAAUUCAGCAGAUGACAUUUUAACAGACGACAAAUUUCCCAGCAUGCAAAGGGUUAAACCAAAAAUACAAUAAAAACGAGAGAGUUUUGUCCCAAAAUAGCACUUGCAGACUGCUUAGCCUUAAAUGCAUGUGCAUAAGGUGCCAUCCAAGAUUAUCCUAAGCCUUAGGAUAAUCUUGGAUGGCACCUUAUGCACAUGCAUUUAAUACCCUUUUCUCAGAGUGUCUUAUAUACAUGUAUUGAAAUUACAAAGUGUUCAUUAUAAUGGUAUUUUUAUGUAGAUCAUGUAGAUGACAUAUUUGGAGAUUGUGUAAGACUAGUCUGUCCAUUUAAAGCAUUCCAGAGAAUUUGUUCUGCUGUUAACUGUUAACAUAAAUGUAUCUUUGUUUUUGUGAGUGUGUGGUUAUGUGCGCAUUUUGUCUGAUGUAUAUACAAGUUUGUUAUGAAUUGCAUUUGUUUCAUUAGCCUUCUUCUCCUUGCAUGUGUUUUUAAAUUUAUUACCAACAAACAUUAAAAAAGUAUUAUUAAUUUAGAUAAUGACUCUUUUAUGUUUUUCAAUUGUAUUGGAUUUUACUUUUAAUAUAACUGGUACAUGUCUUAAAACAUUUUGAUUAAUAUUGAAGUUUCAAGUUUUACUGUUAAUCCUAAUAUGAUGUGUUUAUUGAAAUGUAAUUGCCUAUGCAAUAUUAAGUUAUUAUGGAUCAUAUCAUGCCAAAAAACGUAUCUUUUCAUUGCAUUUUAAUGUAUUAUUAAUGGAUGGUUAAAUGGUAGAAUUACUGGAAAAUGUAUUCUAAUAGCUUACACUAAAAUCUAAAUGCAAUAUUGUCCUAUCGUGACAAAAUAAAUUGCAGUACAUGACUUAUAAUUCAUGAACCUGAAAUUCUCACAAACUAUGAAUGUUUUAAAGAUAUGGAUUACAAUAAAACUUACCUUUGUUGUAAAUAUAUUGGCUAGAAAUUCUUGCAAAUUUAUUUGUUUGUUUAGAAAAGCUUGUUAAUAACAUUUUACAAUAAAUAUAGAGUUACUAUU